CGACCAAGACCAGAGCCUAGAGCCUGGGCAAUGAAGCCAUGGCCUUCAGAUUGGGCAAGGUUUGGUGCCGCCUCGGGAGGAAGCCAGCAGCUUUCCGGUUUCAGUUGCGGAGCUUCAGCCAGCAGCAACUCAGGGACAGCUUGUCACAGCAUCCUGCGGUGGAACGAUGUGUCUUCAUCGACAACGCGGCGUAUGUGGUCAGAAAACAGAAGUCCCCAAAGGUGGGCAUACUAGACACUGCUGUGGGCGACUGGGAGCUGGAAAAGCACCUUAUGCGGAAGGCAACCGACUGGAGGCUUCCCCAGGAUUUGGUGCCGCAGGUCAGGGUCAUAGAUCAGCUUCCAGCACCGGAGAGCUGUUCAGUCCCCUUCUCGCUUUUGCACAUGGUGCAUGCGCUCUUCCAGGCCGUGGACACCAGCCAGAGCAACCACAUUUGCCUCUCCGAGUUUGUGGAGUUCUGCAGGCCGCUUCAGCUGUUCAACACAGCGGAGGCGAGCCAGGUCUUCUUCAGCAAGCGGUCAGUGCAAACUGCCUCGGAGAUCCUGUUCAGCGAGAACGACAUUUUUAACUUAAACGAGGCCGACACCAACGUCAUGAAGUUUGCCGACUUCCAACAGCUGAUCCUAGAGGCUGGCAUCGUGGACAUGACCUCCUUCCGCGCAGUUGGUGAGUCGUUGAAGGCUCCACUGGUGUCCUUCUUUGUCGACGAGCGGGUUGCCUCUACCUUGAUGACCCCCUGGUUCGCAAUGUACGACGACGAUGGGGAUGGGAUACUCCAACUUGAGGAGUAUGCACGGCUGGUGGCAGAUUACCAGCUGCCCCUCAUGCUGGCAGACGAAGUCUACACGCGGGCGCAGCAAGACAAGCACGGCCUCGACAUCCUCGAUUUCGAGUCUGUGCUCAAAGUAUCGGGUGUGCUUGUCACAGGCACCUCCAUCGAAAAAGACGACGAGAUGGGCAAGUUGUGGCGGGAGAUUGAGCCCUCCCAGAAGUUCCUUGCCCCUCAUCGUGUUUUCAUUGCUGAUGGCCGCUCUGGCACGUCAAUGCCGCAGCAGCCUGGACAUUUGCGUUUCGUGUGCCUCUCAGACACUCAUGGCCAACAUCGUGAACUCUCUUCCAGGCUGCCUCCGGGAGAUGUGCUCCUCCACGGAGGUGACUUUUCCACUGAUGGCAGUCUGGAAGAGGUCUUGGAUUUCUCUGCCUGGUUGCGAUCACUGCCGUAUCAGCACAAAGUUUUGAUUGCUGGCAAUCACGAGCUGACCUUCGACCAGAGCUACACUGGAGGCAGAGUAAAGUCCAAGGAGACGGACGUGCGUUCGACAUUCCUGGCAUCGUUCACAGAGAGUGAUGGUGUCACCUACCUCGAGCAUGAGGAGACUGUCAUUCGUGGGGUCCGCAUCUUCGGCAGCCCCUGGCAGCCAGAGUUCCUGGACUGGGCCUUCAACGCCCCGCGCCAUGCUAUGGCGGAGAAGUGGCAGGCCAUCCCUGCGGGUGUCCACGUGCUGCUGGUUCACGGGCCUCCCUUGGGCCGUGGUGACGCGCUGCUGCCCUCGCUGCAGCGCGGGGGAUGCGCCGACCUGCUGGUGGAGGUGCAAAAUCGUAUUCAUCCGCAGUUCUGCGUCUUCGGACACAUUCAUGAGGGUGCUGGCAUCUCAUUCGAUGGAACGACGCAUUUUAUAAAUGCAUCGUCCCUGAAUGAGCACUACCAGUGCAUUCAUGCUCCGCUGGUUUUUGACGUCCCCAUCGAGGAGUGAGUGUGCCAAGGGUAGCAUGUUGCAUGCCGCGCCUUUGGUUGAUCUUCGCCGGCUGC